AUGAGCAGGGAACUUGAUGGGCGAAAUUACGUGACCUCCAUUAUCGGCACUCGUAUUCGGUUCAUUCUGGAAUCCGUCAGCAACCCUCAAAUGGUUGCCAUUCAUGCGCUGUGGUACAUCUCUAGGAUUACCAUGGUAGAAAUAGGGCAAGGGAAUGAUUUUCUAGGAGUCUCGAUCUUUAACCAUCUCCACUGUUGUGGCGCGGCCACUUUCGAUGAGCUUCUCUUCUCCGCGUUCAUCAUCGUUGCAAGGCUGGCCGACAAAUUGGUCAACGACUCUUGCCUCCCUAGUAAAACAUGGGCCAAGACAACUGCAAUUCCUUCCUCCACCCUCGUUAAUGUUGAAACGACAGCGCUGACAUCCCUCGGCUAUAUCAUGUACAUCCCCAGGUCUUCAUUGCAUAGUUGGGUGCUUGAGCUUCGUACCUCGUCCAGCCGUCUCUCUGGCGACAAUAGCGCCAUCAUAUCUCGCGUUCUUGAUGACGUGCUCGCUAUUGAAGCCACAGGUUUUAACGUGGCUUUUAUCCGAUACCGCGGCCGGAAGAAGAAAACUGCAGCAGCGCUCCGCCAGGACCCUCCAGUGAUCCAUGCACCUACUCCGGUUAAGCCCUUGACCUGUCUCCCGGACCCCAGUGAUUGGUGUCCUGAGGCAGACCCCAUCGUCAACAAGAAUCUUCGGACGAUGGGUAUUGCCCCGGGCAGUCACAAUGUUGUACCUGAAUUGAGGCAGCCUACGACGGCGUUGGAUUUACUGGAAUUCAUCACCCAAGGGACCUGGGGUGCUGCAGUUGGCGGUCCUUUGAGCACCAUUGGUGCGCGUUUGGCCCACUCUGUAGGUCGGUAUGGCCCUUGUCAGACCACUCUUGGAUAA